AUGGAGCUGCUUCAACGAAUCCGUAACAUGUGGCAGUUCGCCAACUUGUGUCAAUGGAUAUAUAUAUUUGGAGAUGCUAUCGCGAUUAACACAUCUAUUGACGUCGAGUAUAUUGAGGCGGAAUGUCUCAAGCCUAGUUCACCAGGCCUCGACGAUAUUGCUUUGGCGCUCUUGAAAACGGUCACUUCACAUCGCGGUCUUACCCACGAAGCGUUCGACAACCAAGCUCGAAUGCAGUACGUUUUGAGGUCGCCAGAAUCAAAUCCAUUUGGCGACGAAGAUGCCCCCAAGAGCUUUUCUGACCUCGAUAUAUUCACCAAAAUCAAAGUGAUGCAACAGUUCACCCAGUGGAUCAUGGCCCGGCCGGAGCUCCUCCGAGAGAAAAUGAAGGAACAAAAAGAUACAGAGCAAACAUCAUGGCGAAUCGAGCCAUAUGGGUGGGACAGAGACGAUCGCAUCUAUUAUGUCCUUGAUGACAAUCGGGUAUAUCGACUAUCAGAAGCCCCCCCGAGCUCUAAACCUCCAAAGCCUAAGCCGAGCCGUGGGUCUCGACGGCCAGGCAAAAGGCGACGCGUAUCCGAAUCGAUCGAUGAUGCUGCUUCCUCCUUCGAAGACUCGACGACGAAAGAUGGCGCGGAAGCCGAAUUGGAAUAUAGUUUUCUCGGAGGCAUGGUUUGGGAGUGUAUUGCCGUCACGCUUGCGGAAGUCCAGAACCUCGUCGAUAGUAUGGCCUCAUCCCGAGACGAAAACGAAAAAAUACUUCGACGACAGCUCCGAGACCAUCUUCUGCCUAUUCUAGAGAAACAGGAAGAGGACAGAAUUCGCAGAGAGCUGAAACGCGAAAAGGAGUUGCAGACACUUGCCAAGAUGGCCAAUGCCAAACGGUCAAGCAGAAUUGCCUUGAAGGCAGAGCAGCGACAGAAAGAAGAGCAGGAGAAAGUAGAGACCGAACAGCUCCGUGAGGCAGAAGCAGUUCAGCGCCGCGAGGAACAAAAACAGGAGAAGAUCCAAAGAGGGCUUGAAAUGAGGCUUGCAUCUAGAGAGGAACGUUUGAAAAAAAGAGAAGAACGUCGCACCACUCACGACGAAGACGACACACAAGUGCCUGCAGGCGAAGGCGACGAUACCGUAGUAGCAGCUAGAAGGUCUCUCCCCCAUCAAAUCAAAGCCAGAGAAGGCUCUGAAGGCGUCAAAUUGGCGCAGGACGAAGAGGAGGGCUGGGUAUUUGACUGCUCGUGCGGCUUGUAUGGGCAAGUGGAUGACGGCAGUCACAGCGUCGCAUGCGAGAGCUGCAAUGUGUGGCAGCACAGCAAAUGCUUGGGGAUCAGCGAAGCUGCUGCCGAUCACCCCGACUUCCAUUUUAUCUGCGCCUCAUGUCGUCAGAAAAGAGAUGCCAUUGCAGCGCCAGAAAACCCCCCAAUGGCCGAACCUACACUUGGAUCCGAACCAGACCUUCGACCUGAAACUACACUCAAAUCUGAGCCUGCACUGGCAUCUGAGCCUACACUGGCAUCUGAGCCUGCACUGGCAUCUGGACCUGCACUGGCAUCUGGACCUGGACCUACACCUAAAUCUGAGUCUAGACCUGCACCCGAACCUAAACUCGAAAAUAACGUUGGGCAAAAUACUGCUUCUACCGCUCCUACUGUUUCUACCGUUGCUGCUGCUGCUGCUGCUGCUGUUGCUCCUACCACCAUUCCUACCACUACUCCCAUUAUCUAA